AUGACGGCAUUGACCGUCCCCUUCGUCUGCAGCCCCACAGAGGAUACCGUCCCGUCUUAUGUACUCUACAGCCCACAAGGAUCGAGGCCGCUCGCUGGGCUGCACGUUGAGGGAGGAACUGUCAGUCGUUACUACGACAAGGAAACAAGAUCGCAGCUGAUUCGAACUUCGCCUUCCGCCCACAUAUCGUUUUUGCGCAAUACGAAAUCUCGUGUGGGAAGGAUCAGUAGUAUUAGUAGUAGUAGUAGUCUUAGUACUAAUGGUGGAGGGUCGUUGGCCUCAUCGCAGCGUGUCGUUAUCUUGCAGAUAUUUUGUGAAGAGUCUGCAUGCACUGCGUUUUCUCUCACGGUGGAGUUGACGCUGCAGGAUAAGCUGGGGCGUCAUCGCAUACUAUUCAGCAACACCUUCCAAAAGCUGCAGCGAUGUGCGCAGCAUGUCAAGGUGCCGCUGCGUUGUGUUGCUCCAGGGGUUUGGUCAAACAUUGUCUUGGACGUGCACCAGAUUCAUGCGACGUUGUACGCGAAUUCAGGUGGACGUCUCUCCACAGCAGAAUUGAUAAAAUCACGCAGGCUGCUCUCUGUCACUCUUGGCUGCAGCAGCGUCUGUCGCAUACGGCGAAUUCUUGGCAUGCCGCAAUUACCCCCCUCAUAUAGAGACUUGGCAACAGCGGAAUGGCCCCUAUCACUGCGUCUGCCACCAGAGGUGCAUGCGUAUUUCUGGGUUAUUCGCACGUGUGAGGAGGAAUUUCUGCAGCAGAGAAUUGCAGAUGGGCCUUGUCACCACCUUGAGGCUUUUAGUCAUGUGAACUCAACUCUAGACCUUUCCAUCUCUGCUCCUGUACACAAAAAAACUCUGCAGAAACCCGUCCCUGCCGUACCUUUUCAGUCCUUUUCCGUAUCAUCAGUCGUCGAAUCCGGAGUGUUGCGUGCUGUGCCGGGGGCGUCGGACCGUGGCGGCGGCGUCGACCCUCAUGUGGCCCUGAUGAGCGUAGCUGCUGGAGAAAAUGGUCUCUCUGCUUCCUGCACGAAAGGAUGUCAGGCCGACGGGAGCGAACCAAAAUGGCAGAGUGGGACAAUUGAGUUGUCAGCAUUGGCGGGGUCGCCCCCGCGUAGUGUGCCUAGAUGCGAUGCAAGCGUGCAAACAUCUCUCCCGGCUGCGGUGGUGACAGCGAAAAAGGGUGGGGCGACGGAGCAGCUGCAGUUGGUUGGAACAAGAUUUUUUGAUACGCGUACCCCCGUAACUGAGCGUCCAGUGAAGGUGGUGAACCUUAUUGACAUGACACACGUUGUGUUUGACGACGAGGAGGAGCAGAGGGAAGAGGAGGUGGAGGACGGCGAGUGGUGGCCAAGAUCAAAAAACAACGGUAACGAAGUUAAUAAAAAAGAGACGGUUUCGGUGCCGGUGGCCUUCGUAGCGCCCACACCGUCGCGGUAUUUUGAUUCCCCGGGACGCCCAGAUAAAAAAGAGAUGACAAACAUGAGGGGCGCGCAGCCAAGGGAAACCGUUUUGAAUAUUAUUGACAAAAAUGUCCCAGAGGUGAUACAUGCACCUUCUCUUAACAACUAUGCGAAUACACUUAAUCUGAUGCGUCAGCGCGUUAAAUGUAUUCAGGCGUUGAUUUCUGAAAGUAGAGAGCAUGAUGUUUCUCUCAAUGAGGGAGAGAUCUCGCCUGACGACGAUCGCUGUGCGACCGGUGGAGGCAAUAACAAUAAUGAGCACAACCACAAACAUGGAGGUUGCGAAGACAACGAUCACCAAGGGGAAAGACCAUGGCCGCAAUUGUCGGCGGAAGGACAACAUGUAAUUCUUUGCGAUGGCUCUACGCAAAAACAACAACAGGGGCCUUUUUCUUCACGUUGUUUUAUGGUACCACAGGAACAUCGUCCAGAGAAAAUAAGAGGUGUCCCUGUACAAAACACACUGAUUCCAUGCAGUACGAUGCGCACCACUGAUGAGGGGGUCGCACACGUUUGCACCUACAUUCCCAACGACGGGGAGAAGGACAUGGUCGGCACAGAUGAGGAGGACGAAGAGGAUGAGGGCUUUACGGUAAAUGUCUGUACGUCGGGAGACCACGAGCGUCCAGCUGUUGUGGUGCCCGGUGAGUCGAGCGCGCUUAGUAAAAAACCGCCUGUUUCUUCCCUUCGUCCGGAGCCGCGCGAGGUAGACCGGCUCUGUUUUGAUUCUUCAUUCUCAGAGAAUGGAUUUAUUGAGCCCUUGUCACAGCGGCCUGUCCACAGGACAACGCAGCUGGUGGAGGACGACAGUAUGGUCCUUUCAGGUCCUUUAUCUCCCGAUUAUAGUGGGCCGAUCACUAGUCCUGCUCCUGCUGCUGCCCCUUCCGUGACACAGGCACAACGGACGCGGGCCACGCAUCACCGUGGACGACUUGGGGAACAGGCCAGGGGUGAGAUUGUAAAGCUGGAGGCUUUCCAGGCCCUCGCCAGUACAGCAACCAACACACCGCCCCCUUCGCCGCGGCAUGGCAACGGCGGGGAGGAGGUGGAGAGUAGCAUCAGUACAGCAGAAUACAGACGACCGUCCAUGUCUAGGGACGGAAUUGCUGCUGGCGGCUUUUCUGCGACUGCCGCAAAUGCUGGUCGCUUUAUAAGCGUGGGAAGUAAUUGCGAGGUGGAUGGCGAGAAGGAUAAGGAAGAAGAUGAUGCACGUCAACCGUUCUGCCUUCCCUCACUUCCACCGAAAUCUCCUUCACAGAAGCAGCAGCAGCAGUACCAGCAUCCAGGGCCGUUGGCUUCACGAGAAGACUCUUCUACCUUAUUGUCAUCACCUUUGGUUCCGUUGACUCGCAGUUGUCAAAAUGCGCAUCUUGGCGACACAAAGAAAGAAUGUACCGUAAAGAGUGCCAAUAAUUAUAUGAGCAAUAUUAGAAGUAUGCCACUCUCUUCCACACAUCUCAACAAGCCACCCAAGGGUGCAGACGACGCGAGGGAAAAGACUGAAAACGCGGGGGACUCACUUGUGUUUGACCCUCUCUUGCAAUGUUGUCUGGACUUGAGGUCCAAUACUUACGUGGUGACGAUUCGGUCCCCAGAAGGGGCUCAGCAUAAAUGA